AUGUUUGAUUCAAUUGCAACAUCGUCAACAACAACAACAACAACAACAACCAGCACAAGUCAAUCUUUAAAUUAUCCAUUUACAUCAAGUAUACAGAAUAAUAGUCAAAGUAAACCCAAAGAUUCACAAUCACUAGCGCCUUCAUUUGAUUUAUCUUCAAAUUCUAAUUCUGAUUCUACUUCAAAUUCAUCAACUAAUUCAAGUUUAUUUUCAGAAAUACCGUUACUUAAUCAUUAUAGUACUAAUUUUAUAAUGGCACCACCUCAACCUCAAACUAGUCUAUCACCAAUAGGUCAACAACAAAUACAACCAUCUUCUACACAAGAAUAUUCUUAUCAACAACCGAUUCCAUUAAAUCAAUCACCUCAUUUAGUACAACAAUCUCAUUUAUCUUCAUCUCCUUCAUCUUCAGGAGCUACGCAAGGCUCAGGUUCAACUCAAAUACAGCCAAAUCCUACUAUAAUAUCACCAUCUAUGAUUUCAGGUACUGGUGCAUCAUCAAACCCACCAAUGAUAAAUUCUAAAAUUAAUUCAAAAUUUUCAAAUCAUGAUAUACAAAUUUUAAAGCAAUUAUUAAUAGCUGGUGAAAAACAUAAAUGGAAACAAAUUACAAAAGAAAUUAAUCAAUCUACAAAUCAUAAUAAUCAUGUAUUAGCUGCUAUUCAAUUAGCUGCAGAAAAAGGUCAAACUUAUUAUGGAAAUUUAACAGGUGGUGGUUAUUCAAAUAAAAGAGUAGUUAAUGGUAAUUCACCAAAAAAUAUUCAUCAUCUUACAAGUUCAAAUAUUCCAACUAAAAAUGUAAGUCCAACUUUUGUUGUCAAACAAUAUCAACAAUUAUUAGGAUUACCUAAUAAUACUUUAUUUUUUGGUAGUUUACAAUCUAGUUUACCUUAUGUUGUAGCUGAAAAUGGUUGGAAUGAUAUACCUCAAGAUGCUUAUAAUUAUGGUUUUAAUAAUGAUGGUGAAUAA